GCGCACCCGCGGGACCCUGGACGCGACAGCUCGUGAGUCUCUGAGCGGGGUGCAGCUUGAAGAGGCCAAGGUCCCCCCCGGGGCAGAGGCGGGGGCCGGCGUCAUGGAGCCCCCGGCCGCCCCCUCGGAGAGGAGCCUGUCUCUGUCCCUGCCUGGGCCUCGGGAGGGCCAGGCUACCCUGAAGCCGCCCCCCCAGCACCUGUGGCGGCAGCCUCGGACCCCUAUCCGUAUCCAGCAGCGCGGCUAUUCCGACAGCGCAGAGCGCGCGGAGCCUGAACGGUCGCCGCACCGGCCCAUAGAGCGUUCCGACGCCGUGGACACCAGCGACAGGCCCGGCCUGCGCACGUCCCGCAUGUCCUGGCCCUCGUCCUUCCAUGGCACCGGCAGCGGCGGCGCAGGCGGAGGCAGCUGCAGGCGCUACGAGGCAGCAGAGAAUGGGCCGACACCAUCGCCCGGCCGCAGCCCCCUGGACUCGCAGGCGAGCCCAGGCCUCGUGCUGCACGCUGGGGGGGCCUCCAGCCAGCGGCGAGAGUCCUUCCUCUACCGCUCAGACAGCGACUACGACAUGUCACCCAAGACCAUGUCCCGUAACUCGUCGAUCACCAGCGAAGCGCAUGCUGAAGACCUCAUUGUAACACCAUUUGCCCAGGUACUGGCCAGUCUCCGGAGUGUCCGCAGCAACUUCUCGCUCCUGACCAAUGUGCCCAUUCCCAGCAACAAGAGGUCCCCGUUGGGCGGCCCAACCACCGUCUGCAAAGCCACACUAUCAGAGGAGACAUGCCAGCAGUUGGCCCGGGAGACGCUGGAGGAACUGGACUGGUGUCUGGAACAGCUGGAGACCAUGCAGACCUACCGCUCUGUCAGCGAGAUGGCCUCUCACAAGUUCAAGAGGAUGCUAAACCGUGAGCUCACACACCUGUCAGAGAUGAGCAGGUCAGGAAACCAGGUCUCUGAAUACAUCUCCACAACAUUCCUGGACAAGCAGAAUGAAGUAGAGAUCCCAUCACCCACGAUGAAGGAGCAAGAGAAACAGCCCACGUUGUGGCAGCAGCCACCCCCCCAGCAGCCCUCGCCCCCUGCGCCACAGUUCCAGCCCAUGUCUCAGAUCACGGGUGUCAAGAAACUGAUGCACAGCAAUAGCCUAAACAGCUCCAGCAUCCCCCGCUUUGGGGUGAAGACCGAUCAAGAGGAACUCCUGGCCCAAGAACUGGAGAACCUAAACAAGUGGGGCUUGAACAUCUUCUGUGUGUCGGAUUACGCUGGAGGCCGCUCCCUCAGCUGUAUCAUGUACACAAUAUUUCAGGAACGGGAUCUGCUGAAGAAGUUCCGCAUCCCAGUGGACACAAUGGUGACGUACAUGUUGACACUGGAGGACCACUACCAUGGGGACGUGGCCUACCACAACAGUCUGCACGCAGCGGAUGUGCUACAGUCCACCCACGUGCUUCUGGCCACACCUGCGCUGGAUGCCGUAUUCACAGACCUGGAGAUUCUCGCCGCCCUCUUCGCGGCUGCUAUCCAUGAUGUAGACCACCCUGGGGUCUCCAACCAGUUCCUCAUCAACACCAAUUCGGAGCUGGCACUCAUGUACAACGAUGAGUCGGUGCUCGAGAACCACCACUUGGCCGUGGGCUUCAAGCUGCUGCAGGAUGAGAACUGUGACAUCUUCCAGAACCUCAGCAAGCGCCAGCGGCAGAGCCUGCGCAAGAUGGUCAUCGAUAUGGUGCUGGCCACGGAUAUGUCCAAGCACAUGACCCUCCUGGCUGACCUGAAGACCAUGGUGGAGACGAAGAAAGUGACCAGCUCAGGGGUCCUCCUGCUAGACAACUAUUCUGACCGGAUCCAGGUCCUGCGGAACAUGGUGCACUGUGCAGACCUCAGUAACCCCACCAAGCCGCUGGAGCUGUACCGCCAGUGGACGGACCGCAUCAUGGCAGAAUUCUUCCAGCAGGGGGACAGGGAGCGCGACCGCGGCAUGGAGAUCAGCCCCAUGUGCGACAAGCACACAGCCUCCGUGGAGAAGUCCCAGGUGGGCUUCAUCGACUACAUCGUGCACCCGUUGUGGGAGACGUGGGCUGAUCUGGUCCACCCAGAUGCCCAGGAUAUCCUGGAUACGUUGGAGGACAACCGUGACUGGUACUACAGUGCCAUUCGGCAGAGUCCUUCACCACCGCCUGAUGAGGAGCUUGGGAGGUCAGGCCAGCCACCUGCACCUGAUAAGUUCCAGUUUGAGCUAACCCUGGAGGAGGAAGAGGAGGAGGCAGUGACUACAGCCCACGUGGCAACUACUGUGCAAAAAUGGUCCUCGACUCAGAAGGUGUCCACUACGGAGGAAGACACAUCGGUUGUAGCCCCAGAUGUAUCUCUAGCUGAGGAGCCAUUGGAGGUCAAGGGUCAGGACAUGUCCUCAGAGGAAGUGCAUUUGACGCAGCCAGGAGAGUCAGCUGAAUAUGGGACGACAAAGCAGAAGCAGUCUCCGUCCCAAGGGGUAUCUGUAGCUCCGGAUGCUGUAAGCUGCAUCAGCCCCCCAGCUCUAUCCUGUGAAAGCACCCCUCUUCCUGCCUUGAGGACCCCACCUCCUGAAGAGGAGGCUCCGGGCAUCUUGGGCCUUCCCUCUAUGGCGGCCGAGGGGGUGGCCCAAAGAGACCACCGGCAGGCUGCCAAGAGAGCGUGCAGCUUUUGCGCUGGGACAAUUCACAAGGACCCAGCCACACUUCAAGCUUCCUGCAGGCGGGGGUCAGGGGGAGACCCCACCUGA